CUCUCCCAAAACUGGGAGUCGUCCCCGCAGCGGAUGCGUGCAAAGAACGUUAAAAAAAAGUGUUUGUUACAUAGCUUUAGUGAAAAUGCGAGAAAUAAUUAAAUAAAAUUAGGAAAAUAUUGAAAAUAAUAUAUAAGAAGAGCAAACAGAUUUUGCAGUGACAGUGGCAGUGGCGGUGGCAGUGGGCUUGACGUGUCAUUUGUUGUAUCGAGUGCGAGAGGAAAAAAUAAUAAACUUGAUUACAAUGUUAAAUGUGGAAACUUUGGGCACGCAAAGCGUCAAAGCGUAGACGCUGACGGCGACGCUGGCGCCGACGUCGCAGCUAGCAUUGUGUAUAAUAAAAUUGGCGAAAAAGCCCCCCGCAACCUCACCCACAACCCUCUUGUAACAGAGUGUGGCCGGCCCGGCAGCGGCAGCAGAAGCAGCAGCAGCAGCUUCAGAAGCAGCGGCAGAAGCAGCCGAAACAACCAAAGAUGUGCGCGCACAAUACAAAAAAUUACAAAGCAUACUUUUGGGAGCGGCAAAUGGCCAAAAUCAACAGCGAUGCUGAGCGUGCGAAAUAAGCAAUAAGAAAGAAAGAGAGAGAGAGAGAGAGAGAGAGAGAGAGAGAGGGACAGAGAGACCAGGGACACCAACAACAGGACGACGCUUUCAUCCGCAGAAAGAGAGGAGAGCGACAGCGGCAGCAGCAGCAGCGCAUGGCCAGUGGAAAAAUGGCCAACGCCUUGCGUGGGUGCAGCCAAAAGGAUAAGCAGAGGAUGAAAGCCAACUGAAACAGGGGACAAGGACACACAGCGAACGAGACAGCGAGAGAGAGAGAAGCGAAAAGGAAGUGUAAUCUUGAAAAGCUUUUGCUGAAAAUAUCACGUAUUCGCCAUGGAGCCGGUUAUGAGCCUGGCCCUUGCCGCCCAUGGGCCGCCCAGCAUACUUGAGCCUCUGUUUAAAACCGUAACUACGAGCACAACGACCACAUCGACGACGACGACCACAACCACAACGACGACUAGCAGUCCGGCGCACCUGUCGUCGACAGGCACCACCCUGCUGACGGCCCUCCUCGAAAAUCUGACCACGACAGCGGCCAGCGGACUGUACGAUCCGUACCCGUACGCCAACCAGACGAACGGCUCGAUGGUCUUCGAGACGAAGGGGCCGCGCUACUCGCUUGCCUCGAUGGUGGUCAUGGGCUUCGUAGCGGCGAUUCUGAGCACGGUGACGGUGGCGGGCAACGUCAUGGUGAUGAUCUCCUUCAAGAUCGACAAGCAGCUGCAGACGAUCAGCAACUACUUCCUCUUCUCGCUGGCCAUCGCGGACUUUGCCAUCGGCGCCAUCUCGAUGCCGCUGUUCGCGGUUACCACCAUCCUGGGCUACUGGCCGCUAGGGCCGAUCGUCUGCGACACCUGGCUGGCCCUCGACUACCUGGCCUCGAACGCCUCAGUGCUGAACCUGCUGAUCAUCAGCUUCGAUCGCUACUUCAGCGUCACUCGGCCGCUCACGUACCGCGCCAAGCGCACCACCAACCGGGCGGCGGUGAUGAUCGGCGCCGCCUGGGGCAUCAGCCUGCUGCUCUGGCCGCCCUGGAUCUACAGCUGGCCCUACAUCGAGGGCAAGCGCACGGUGCCCAAGGACGAGUGCUAUAUCCAGUUCAUCGAGACGAACCAGUACAUCACCUUCGGCACAGCGCUCGCCGCCUUCUACUUCCCCGUCACGAUAAUGUGCUUCCUCUACUGGCGCAUUUGGCGCGAAACGAAGAAGCGGCAGAAGGACCUGCCCAAUCUGCAGGCGGGCAAGAAGGACUCCAGCAAGCGGUCGAACAGCAGUGACGAGAACACUGUGGUCAAUCAUGCGGGCGGCGGCCUGCUGGCCUUCGCCCAGUUGGGCGCCAACGAUCACGACACCUGGCGACGGCCGCGCUCCGAGAGCUCUGCGGAUGCGGAGAGUGUCUACAUGACCAAUAUGGUCCUCGAUUCCGGCUACCACGGCAUGCACUCGCGCAAGUCAAGCAUCAAAAGCACCAAUACAAUCAAAAAGCCGUACAACUGCUUCGGCAGCGUCAAGGAGUGGUGCAUUGCGUGGUGGCAUUCCGGGCGCGAGGACUCCGACGACUUUGCCUACGAGCAGGAGGAGCCUUCUGAUUUAGGAUGUACCUCGAUGAACGUGAUGCGGGACAACUACUCGAUGGGGGGCAGUACGAGCGGAGUACGGCCCCCCAGCAUUCUGCUGUCGGAUGUCUCGCCCACGCCCCUGGCCCGGCCCCCGAUGCCACUCAGCUCUAUCUCGCAGAUGCAGGAGCUGAAUGCCACCGGAAACAACAGUCAAAACAGCAGCAAUAGCGGUGCGGCGGCGAACGCGGGAGGAGCCAGUACAGGGAACGGAGCUGCCAUCGGCCUGGGCCUGGGCUUGGGCUUGGGAAUGGCCACGGCGAAUGGAACGGCCAGCUGCAGCAACACAAACGGCAAUGGAAACGCGAAUGCGAAUGGGAAUAGCGCUAAUACGGCGGUUCGUGACUCCCGCACGCUGCCCGUGAUCAAUCGCAUUAACUCCCGCUCCGUCAGCCAGGACUCGGUCUACACGAUACUCAUUCGCCUGCCCUCGGACGGAGCCUCAUCCAAUGCGGCAAUGAGCAGAGCAGGAGGAGGAGGAGGAGGAGGAGGAGGAGGAGUAGGAGCAGGCUCAGGAGAAGCCGCUGCGGUAGGUGCAAGCGCAGUGGCAGUCGGCCAAGGCGAUUAUGCGCCCUCCAUCAAGAUGAUACAAGAGGAUGCGAUGCCCUCGACACUGGCCAGCAGUGCAGCAGUCACCACCGUACCCCCUCUGGCCACCCGCCGGCCGUUGCCGUCGCGAGACUCCGAGUUCAGCCUUCCGCUGGGCCGGCGCAUGUCACACGCCCAACACGAUGCCCGCCUGCUCAAUGCCAAGGUCAUUCCCAAGCAGCUGGGCAAGGCAGGGGCCGCCGGCGCAGCGGGUGGUGCUGCGGGGCAGCACGCCCUCAUGAAUGCCCGCAAUGCGGCGGCCAAGAAGAAAAAGAAGUCGCAGGAGAAGCGGCAGGAGACGAAGGCGGCCAAGACGCUGUCGGCCAUUCUGCUGAGCUUCAUCAUCACCUGGACGCCGUACAAUAUCCUGGUGCUGAUCAAGCCGCUGACCACCUGCUCGGACUGCAUUCCCGCCGAGCUGUGGGACUUCUUCUACGCGUUAUGCUACAUCAACUCGACCAUCAACCCCAUGUGCUACGCCCUCUGCAACGCAUCCUUCCGGCGCACCUACAUCCGUAUCCUCACCUGCAAGUGGCACACCCGCAACCGCGAGGGCAUGGUGCGCGGCGUCUACAACUAG